AUGGAUCAUCCGUCCCCAUCUCGCCGGACCCGCAUCAACAAAACCUCUAAGAAAUCGGAACUCUACUCUACUGUCGUAAUCCACAACUCAGACUCCGACUCCGAACCCAAAUCCAAACCCGACGACAACAACAUCUACGCUACAAUGCUUUACAAAGGAGGAGGAGAAAACGACGACGUAGAAGAAGAAGACGAAGAUUCUCUUCCUCCUCUCCUCAAACGCCUUCCAAAAGACUUCGGCGGCGGCGACGAAGACGAGUUAGACGCCGAUUUCGGCACUAUGAUCGUCAAAACCGACCGCGGACGCGACUGGAACCAGUCCUGGUCGUCAUCAUCCUCGAUUGCUCCUCCAAGGAAGCCUCGAAGUGCUCCUUUUGCGGAAUUUGAAAGUCGAAUCAAUGAUGUUGGAAAUAGUAGCGACGGGGAUGAUGAUGAGGGAGAGGAGUUUGGGACAUUUGUGGUGAAAUCGACGGUGUUGAGGAGGAGCAGCAGUGGUGGUGGUGGAGGAUCAGCAAUGGGGAAGGCGGUAGCAAGUAUGCAGGCGUCCGGGGAGUUAGGGUUUGGUAAGGAGAGGAAAGGGAGUGGAUUGCUAGGAGAAGAGGGUAAACAACACCACCAGCAGCAAAGCAAAAUGUCUUGGAGUUCGAUUCCAGAGAGUGUUACUAGAGAAGAUCCUACCACUAAGUAUGAAUUGCUUAACGAACUUGGGAAGGGGUCUUAUGGGGCUGUUUACAAGGCUAGGGAUUUGCGAACUUCUGAGCUAGUUGCUAUCAAAGUUAUAUCAUUGACCGAAGGAGAGGAGGGAUAUGAAGAAAUUCGAGGUGAAAUUGAGAUGUUGCAACAAUGCAGUCAUGCAAAUGUUGUUCGAUAUCUUGGGAGUUAUCAAGGUGAAGAAUAUCUUUGGAUUGUUAUGGAGUACUGUGGGGGUGGAAGCGUUGCUGACUUGAUGAACGUCAUGGAGGAACCUUUGGAAGAGUAUCAAAUAGCAUACAUAUGUAGAGAAGCUUUAAAGGGCCUUGCUUACCUGCACUCAAUUUUCAAGGUCCAUCGAGAUAUUAAGGGUGGUAAUAUUUUGUUAACCGAACAAGGAGAAGUCAAGUUGGGCGAUUUUGGGGUUGCGGCACAGCUUACAAGGACCAUGUCAAAGCGUAACACGUUCAUUGGCACUCCACAUUGGAUGGCUCCAGAAGUUAUUCAAGAAAGUCGUUAUGACGGAAAGGUGGAUGUAUGGGCUCUUGGUGUUUCUGCUAUUGAAAUGGCAGAGGGACUUCCCCCAAGAUCCGCAGUGCAUCCUAUGAGGGUUUUGUUCAUGAUAUCCAUUGAGCCAGCUCCGAUGCUUGAGGAUAAAGAAAAAUGGUCUCUUGUAUUCCAUGAUUUUGUGGCAAAGUGCCUUACGAAGGAACCACGCUCACGUCCAACAGCAUCCGAGAUGCUGAAGCACAAAUUUAUCGAUAGAUGCAAAGUUGGAGCCUCUGCAAUGUUGCCAAAGAUUGAAAAGGCCAGGCAAAUUAGGACCACAAUGUCUCUGCAUGCACAAAAUCUUGCUCCAGUUGAACCAGAACCAACUGAAGGUCCAAAACUGAACGAGGUUUAUGGAGAUACUGUUCCAUCAAAUCGACUUCCUAUGGCAAAUGAAGUGCCUAGCUCUUCUGAUGGUGUCGAUAUGGCUGGAGGAGGCCUUGACUGCCCCCUUAUGGAGUUACUGGAUAAGUCUUUUAUGGAUACUCUGCUUACUGUUGGGGCCUCAACCAAGUUUAUUGAUCUUAUUCUGCUGUGGUUGAAUUCGAUGGAUCAAAGCUUUGGAGCUCACUGGGAUGUUUCUGGUUUGUGCUUCACAGUAGGCAUGUCAGGUGACUAUGGAACUUUUGUAGUUCAUGGUGGAGAGAAAACAGAUAAGACAGGCAUACAGAAUGAAUUAUAUGAUGCAGGGGAAAUCUCACAAGACCCAGGAAACAUAGAAGAUCCUUCAGUUAGUGGGAUAGGAAGCAAAUCACCUGACCCCUGGUUGGAUAAUGCAAGAGGGGUUGUUGCAAACAACCUUUUGGUUGGAGAAUCGCAUCCUGCAUUGCAGACAUUACAGACAUCUACCCCUGAAGUUUCUGGCUAUCCUGAGCAGAAUCUCAAGAAAAAUAUCACAUCUCAAGCACAGGUUGGAGGCGGUGGUGGUCUGGGCACUUCCCCUUUGAAGAAUGAAACAGUCAGCAGAAAAGCUUUUGCAUUGCAAGAUAAGCUUUGGUCCAUAUAUGCAGCUGGUAAUACCGUGCCCAUUCCAUUUUUGCGGGCCACAGACAUAUCCCCUAUUGCUCUCUUGUCAGACAAUGUGCUUGGAGGCAUCCAGUGUGAUGAUAGUGGAACUGUAGCAGCAGAAGCACUUCAGGAGCUUUUUCUGAUGCCGCUUCCUCCAAGUGUUUACCAAAGACUGACUUCAAGUUCUACGCUACUGAAUCUGGCACAGGCUUUAGCCUACCACAAAACGUGCUAUGAAGAGAUGCCGCUCCAAGAGUUGCAAGCAACGCAAGAGAAACAAGCCAUUCAAAAUCUUUGUGACACUCUUCGAACUAUCCUUCGACUAACUACUACCACCACUGAGACAAGUAAUAAUGCUACCAAUGAAGAGAAUAGCAGCGAAGAUGACCCACUUCACUAUGACGGAACUGAAGAUGUUGAAUCAGAUGGAUGGGAAGAAGAGGAGGAGUUGGAGCCAAAGUUAGGUGAUGGUGGGGAUGGUGGUGGAGUUAUGUUGCAAGGGUUACCCUGGGGCGAGCGAGCUCUCUCUAUUGCUCGUCAGGUGUUAUUGCCAUUUGGUGAUGAUUUCAAACUCUUCUCUUUCAAGACUACUCCUCGCGGAUAUGUUUAUGUCAGACUUGAUAAACUGUCCCAACAUUUGCAGUUUGUAUCUUGUGUACUUAGAUAUGGAUGUCCCGGCAUGGAGGAGCUUGAAAGCUACUCUCGAGAAUAUAAUAAAAGAUUGCAGGAAGUCAGAGCACUUGGAGAAAUACCUGACAAUCUGGCUGUUGAGGUGUCAUCUCCUGGGGCAGAGAGGAUACUGAAGGUACCAGAUGAUUUGUCUCGGUUUAAAGACAUGCCCAUGAGAGUAUGCUAUUUAGAAGGUUUAACAUAUAAUGGCUCAGAAACAAAUGGAGUCUUCCUUCUGGAGUCCAUGGAAAUGGAAUCAGAGAACUGUGUAUGGAAGUUGGCAGAUGUGAAGGAAAACAGGGACCCUCAGAGCAAAGGCAGACCAUUAAGCCGUAAAAGGAGGGACUGGAGAUUAACAUUGCCAUUCAAAAUGCAUAGAAUGGUAACUUUGUAUCUUGAAUUCUGA